AUGAAUCCUCGACCUCCUCGUACCAACGCGGCAGAGAGCUACCGCGAGAGUUGCGACAACUGCGCCAAAUCCAAAGUACGCUGCGGAAAGGAACAGCCGUGGUGUCAACGAUGCAUCCGACGGGGCCAAGCCUGCAGCUAUAGUCCAUCACAACGGACAAGAAAGCGGACUUACUAUGCGGCAAAUUCCGAAGCCGAAGAGCGCACUGCAACUCUGUCACUGGCCAACAAUGAAACCACCGCUCUUCUUACGCCAGGUGACGGCGGCCUGGGUUCGUAUACCGAUAUCGUGGGGCUGUUGACAAGGGGCAGCAGCGCCGAAUUGUUGACACCUGAAAAUACAAACUCGUUAUGGGUUACAGAGGGAGCAAAAGACCUGGAAAAGGCAGAUGCAUUCAUAUUUCCAGACGACAGCGGCAUCGGCACGUCAUCUUUGGGAGACUUGGACGGUAGCGGCACGGCAAGUUUCGACUUUACAGCACCGAGACUACCAGGUCUUUCCACAAACCAACAGCAGCACUGCGAAGCCGAGCUCAUAUCAACUUUGGCAAAACUCGACCAUCCAUCUCUGUCAUGCCGAGGAGGGUUCAAGUCAUCAAAGAAUCUCGGAGCCAUCCUGACGGCUAGCCGUUUGGCGCUCUCCUGUGCGUCAAAAACGGUGUCUUGUACUUGUACGUCCAAUGCCAGUGUCGCCUUGCUCGUCACUGCUACCUUCUUUCGUCUUCUGUCUUGGUACGAGAUCGUCCUGCAUAACUGUAGGUCCCCCGGAGAGGAUACCAACAGCAGCGGGCCAGGUAGCAGCGGGAGCGGUGCCGUCAGCGAUGGCGCGGGCAGUUCUGUGGCAUCCCCAGGAGACGACGAUGCUGAUGGGGAGUCUGUGCAUGAGCGGGCGAACACUUCAUCGCGGGGUGCAGCGGAUAAUUCGAGCCUGUUUGUGCCACCGAUGACCAUUGGGCCCUACGAGCUUGACGCGGAGAACCGAGACCGUAUGAUCGGUCACAUUGUGCUUAGCGAACUGGGCAAGAUGGGCCAGCUUCUGGAUGGCUUUUCUCAGAAGUUUUGCGGACCUCACUCUAUUACAAUGGGGAACGAUAGCCGAAGUCAGUUGCAUCUGGCAUUGGAGAUCUUUGUCCGGAACAAACACAGUGUCACUGUCCUGGCGGCGCAGGAGACGUUGAAAGAAAAAUGA